CCAACAACAGUCUUGUAAAACAGAAAACCACUAACAGGAACGCCAAAGGCCAAAAUCUGGAAUAUUGAAAACAGCAGUAUUUUCUGAUGGAAAACCCACAAAUUCAAGCUCAAAAAGGUACAGAAACUGGCGAUGCUUUUAAUGGUAUGGAAGCAAACGAUAGUUCUACCGCUAUAAAUCCUCAAAGAAGUAGAUUUCCUUAUUGUAUAGUGUGGACUCCAAUCCCAGUUUUGACAUGGUUAUUUCCAUUUAUCGGACAUAUGGGAAUAGCAAUGUCCUCUGGAGUAAUUCGAGACUUUGCUGGACCUUACUAUGUUUCAGAAGAUUCCAUGGCUUUUGGAAGACCUACAAAAUAUUGGAAACUUAAUCCAAUGUUUGUGAAGAAUUCAAAUACAUCCUGGGAUUUUGCCAUAUCUGAGGCAUCAGAAGUUUAUAAACAUAGAAUGCACAAUCUCUUUUGCGAUAACUGCCAUUCUCAUGUUGCUAUGGCUCUUAAUAUUAUGAACUAUAAUGGCUCAUCAUCAUGGAACAUGGUUAGCUUGUGUUUCUGGCUUCUUGUAUAUGGAAAAUAUAUCAGUGUUGGAUCAUUCUUAAAGACAUGGCUUCCAUUCCUUAUCCUUGCAGUGGUAAUUAUUCUUAUAGUCACAUUAGCUGGUUCACAUUAAGAAUUUUUGUCUUCUACAAAAAUUUUUAUCUUCUACAAAAAUUUUUAAAUGUAAUCUGGGUUCAAAUACAUAGGUAGACACAUAAAACUGGAAUUGGCAAGUAAUUGUUUGUUUAAUGCUUAUCCUAGUAUGUAGAUAUAUGUAUGUAUGCAAUUUUUCUUCACGACCAUGCACUAUUAGUGACAGUUUGAAUUAACAAUCUUCCAGUAUUUGGAACAAGAGUUUCAAAAGAAUAGUUAUUAUUUGAAACCAUAGAAAAGCCUUGAUAUAUUUAGAAAUUUGUAGCAUUUAAACACAUUGGUGUUUAACAUAAUAUAGUUUAAAUGUAUAUUGCAUCUCAUCACACACUAUCUGAUGAUUGUUAAAAGUUAUUUGCUAAUGAAAGUCAACAAUUCUCAGUACAACUGUACAAACCAUUAAAAACAGAACAAUGAGGUAUUAUUGUGGUACGUAGCAUACAUUUUAAUAGUAUAUAGUUUUUAUAGUUGUUUAAUUAUA